GAUCAUCUGACAGUCCAUACAGACUUUGCUCUUAAGUUGGCGGCAGCAAAUGGAAAUCAUUGGGUUAUGCUUGUAGCUGGUUCAAUGACCUGGAAAAAUUACAGGCACCAGGCUGAUGUGUGUCACGCCUAUCAGAUAGUACAUCGGAAUGGAAUUCCUGACGAUCAGAUUGUGGUGAUGAUGUAUGAUGACAUCGCUUAUAAUAUGAAAAACCCUCAUCCUGGAACAAUUAUCAAUAAACCAAACGGAUUGAAUGUGUAUGCAGGCGUUCCAAAAGAUUACACUGGAGAGGAUGUAACACCUGAAAACUUCCUGGCUGCUCUCAAAGGAGACAGACGAGCUGUGAAAAAGAGAAGUCCAAAAGUCAUUACAAGUGGAGGAAAUGACACAAUAUUCAUCUAUCUGGCAGAUCAUGGUGGUUCGGGCAUAUUUACUUUUCCUAACAGCACUCUUCACGCCCAUGAUCUCAUUGAAACAAUCAAGGAAAUGGCAAGAAAUAACAAGUUCUCAAAGAUGGUGAUAUACAUGGAAUCCUGUCAUUCCGGAUCGAUGUUCACCAAACUUCCCAACAACGUUCAUGUGUAUGCUGUGACUGCAGCGAGAGCAGAUGAGAACAGUUAUGCCUGUUAUUUUGACUUUGAGAGGAAGACCUUUCUCUCUGAUGAAUUCUCAGCUCUUUGGAUGUACUACAUGGAAGCGAAUGACCUUGAUAAUAAAACAUUCCGGGAUCAGUUUAGUUCUCUUCAGGAAAAGAUGAGGAUGUCUCACUCCUGGCGUUUUGGGGACAUGAAAAUGGGUGAACAUCCAAUCAGUGAGUUUGUGAAUAACACCCCUCGAAGAGUUCGGGACGAGACAAGAGCUCAGGGGUUUGCGUUAACUCAUUUGACCUCUAACCAUGAAGUGCCAUUCAAAAUCUUGGAACACCGAAUUAAAACAGAAAUUCAUGCAGGCAGGAGACAACGUCUGAAAAGAAAACAUGAAGCUCUUCGUCAGGCUAAAGGUAAAAUUGAAGGAACAGUUGAAGCUAUCAGUCAGCACUUUGAUUUUAAACAUGAUGAUUUGGAUGAAGAUCAUUGUAAGAUGGAUUUACAUGCACUCAAAAGUGUAGCUGAGCAUUUCAGGGCAACCUGUUUUGACUGGGACAAGGAAGAGAGUUUCACACAUUUCCAUAUCGCCUCGUCACACAUGUAUGUAUUUGCUUGUCUUUGUGCACGUGGAGUUGAAGCAGAGAGGAUCAUAGAGGUCAUAACAGAAGUCUCCAGGAAAAGCUGAAGGAAACUCCAGGAAGGAUAUUAACAACAUCCUUAAGAGCUUAUGAAAUUUAGAUCAAUCUCAUCCUAACAUGUGAAACUAUUGAAAUUUGCUCGUAGAUAAUAACUUUGGUUAAAAGUAGAAAGUGCAAUCUGGCAUUUGUGUCAAAAUUGAGUUAUUCACAUAUUCUUAUUCAGUGACAAUUUAUUUACAUUGUGAUGUUUUUCUC